GACCCGACUCCCAGCAGCCUCACGUGGAACCUCUGGUCCUCUGCCCCAAGAGAAACACCAGGACUGCGUUCGCAGGCAGCAUUCUUGUUGAGGAGCUUUGUGUCCUUGUCUGCGAGUUUGUUGGGCGACGAAAGCUUGCAGGUCAACAGCUUUGACUCGACGAACCCUGCAGGUUUCCCCAGUCAGUGCCAAUGGCGUCUGUCGCUACCAUUGCCACUCCCCUGGCAGGUGCAUUGGCAGUUCCCACUGCCUCUGCUGCGACCCGGUAUGCACAGCCUGUAGUGGCCGGUGCUCUCCCAGCCAGGAGGAGCAUUGCUGGAGCAGCUUUGAGGAAGGCUGGAACAUCAUCAAAAUCUUCGGUCCAUGUCUGCAGAAAGGCUAUUCAAAUGAGUGCUGAACAGCCAAAGGAAGAGGUCCCUCUCGUCGACCGGCUCGCAGUCCCCGCCACCUUGGCGCUCGUGGCUAUGUGCGCCAUCCCCGAUGUCGCUUUUGCCGCUGGCCCAGGCGUCUCUCCGUCGUUGAAGAACCUUUUGCUUAGUGUGGGUGGUGGAGCCGCGGUCCUGGCUGCAAUUGCCAUCGGCAUCGCGGGAGUUAGCACAUUUGAUCCUGUCAAGCGCGGGGGAAGAAGAUAAUUGGGAGAGUCACCCGGACAUUGUACAAGAAGCUCGCCGCUUUUUGCACAAUAGGAAUCCAGCGAUCUGAUCACUGUCUGCAUCUGGGAGAAUAAGUGUUGAUUCACUGAUCCAACAUGGACCUGAAAGCUCAUUGCGGCACGGCCAAUUGUGCCUUGCAGGAGGGUAUAAGCAGAGCUGGGGCUUGCAGCAACCGAAGAGCGGCAUUCUUAGUCAAGACAUGGGCUUUUCGAUGCUAAGCAAUCUGUCAGCAGACCCCAAUCUGUACAGGAUUAGUAAUCUGCGUUUGGAUACAUAUUGAGCCGUUUGAAUAGCAAUCGACCUUCCACAGUGCGUUGUAACAUUCUUUGCCAACAGGAGGUUUUGACCGCAUCAUUCUAUGUGAAAGCCCCUUCGUUAGCAUGCCAACUGUGAAACUGAUAGAUGGAAACGUGGCCUUGGAGGCAUUGAAGUCAACUGUGGCUUUGCAUCGCAUUUAGUUUGUAAUGGAUUGGCAUGAGCAAACUCCUGAUUUGUGCAACACUUGAUGGAUCAUCUGAUCGACUUUGAAG